AUGUCCAAAAGAAGAAGAACAGAAAUUGAAGAUGACGGGGAUUACACAGAAGAAAAUAGAACUCCUUUAGCAGAAGAUUCUGCAACGCGAGAAAGUAGCCCUUCUGCUGAAGACGAGCUAAGAAGUUCAGCUAUCGUGUCCAUCCUAUUACGCAUGGUGAUGACAAGAAGCGCAAGGAAUCAAAAGAUACGAAGAGAACACUUUACUGCUAUUCUCCACAAACACAAUGUGAAAGGAAACACUAAAGCGAUUAUUUCUCAGGUCGAUGCAGAACUCAAAGAAGUGUUCGGGUUAAAACUAGACCAGAGCACCAACGACAUAGUUCUCGUGUCAAACCUCCAAAAAGACACCAAGCUUCUUUUACAGAAGCUUGUUGAGAAUGGAGAUGGCUCCGAAUUCAAAGGAAAUCCCUACGACACAUUUUAUUUCAUGAACAAAGAGAAGAGGAAUGAAACCACAGUUAGUAUGCUGGAUAGUAUCUUUGGAGGAAUCAUCAUGCUCUUAAUUGGUCUCGUCAUCGUGAAUGAAAACAGGAUACGCGAGUCUGAUCUUCUAGAUGGCCUUUCACAAUUUGGCUUUUCCGAAAACUUGAACAUUGUUGUUCCUAAUCUCAAUAAAACGACUCAAGAAGUUUUGACGGAAGCUACGAAAAAGGAGUAUCUUCAAAAGCUUGUUGCACAAGCACACGGUGGAGAACCAGCUAUCGUGAGUUACGCUCUCGGGAAGAGAACGCUACGGGAGUUUGAUGCACAUACGCUUUUAGAGUUUUUGAAUGAAAUCGUGGAGCAAGAGGAACUUAAGCCCAAAUGCAUUGAAACAGUGAAAAGAUGCUUUCCCGAUGACACGUUUGAAAAUUCCGCAUCAGGAAAUAAUGUCCAGUCAUGA